ACUCUUCUCUCUCUCUAAAAAGCUUCCUCCACACACCGCCAACAGCAAGCUCACAGAAAUUCAUCGUCGAGAAAAAUGGAAACGCCGAAGCACACAUGCUUGAAGCUCCAUAUACCGAUGGGCGGCGGCGAACCCGAACCCGUUUUUGUGAAGGGCACCUGGUACCCGACCCGCUUCGACAUUUCCAUAACCGACGGCCUCCAAGCUUGGACUUGCCAUGCUACUGAGGAAGAGGUGAAGGAGAGAGCGUCGUGCUGGGACCAAACGGCGUCGUACUACAUUGACUUGGCCGAGAGGUAUCUCGGCUUUCAGCAACCCGGGUCGGUUUACGGAUUCUCGGAUGCUGGAGGCGGAUGCAAACGGUUAUCAUGGACGUUCGAGAAGGAAGGUAUGAAACUGGAAUGGCGGUGGAAAUGCCACCCUUCUCCCAAUAGCAAACAAACCACAGUGGAUGUGUUGGACUUUCUUAUGGAUGCUAACAUAAAGCUGAGUGAGGAGGUUGUAUGGAAAUCGCAGGCGUUUGACAAGCUCCAACUGGAGGCUGAAAAGUGCCUAGCACAAAGUGAGAAACUCAGCAGUGAGAAAUCAGAGUUUGAAUCUGAAAUAUAUGGAAAGUUUGUUCAGGUCUUGAACUCCAAGAAAGCAAAACUGAGAACGCUACGCAAUAGGCUCUCCAAACAGCCUUCGGCUGAAAAUUCCCCUCAAGAAGAAGUGUCUUCUGAUAGUAGGACUGAGAGCUUAGACGAAGGAAGUGAUGAAGAACGCGAUGGGCUGAGAGCUGUCGAAAAACCCGAAAAAGAACAAGUGUCCUCAGACAGGACUGAGAGCUUCGAUGAAGAAGAUGAAGAAGACACAGCAAAAGAUGGUGGUGGCGCUUCCUCUUCUAAAAACGCCCCAACCUCUAAGCCCCACGGUAGAAAAAGGAAGUAAGAGAGCAUAGGUUUAUGAAAUUGUAUGUACAUUGAAAAAAAACUCUGCAUUGAAAUGAAAUUUACUUCUCAUACUUGCAAA